AUGUCGUUCAUGCCGCAACGUGGCGGCCCGGCUGGCCCUGGCCAGCCACGGCCUGGCCCUGGAGGCCAUCCUGGAGGUCAUCCUGGUGGUGGCCCUGGCCAGCAUGGCAGUCAGGGCGGCCCCGGAGGUCCUGGACGCCAGGUCACCCUUCAGUGCGCAAAGGUGAACGACAAGAACUUGCAGUCGCAAUUGAUUUACAGCAACAUUUGUGCCGUCAACCCCAGAGAUUUUCCGACGCAGCGUCCUAACCAGAACUUCCACGUCCUCAUUCGAGGCGGCCAACCCAGGGGCGAAUUUGUGGUGACCGCGAGGCCUCUGGACGUUCUGCCACCGGGGACUAUUAGUCUCUCUGACCCCCAGCGUACCUGGUGCGGCAUCUCACUGAGAGACCAGUUCACUGGUGAGGUAUACGAUCCGUUCUCGGCACGCGAUGGAAAGGCCUACCUAUCCUCGCUGGACCUCGAAGUAACAUUUGCCUCGCCUAGUAAGCGGACAGAUGUUCCCUUCGAGGAGUCUGAUCUCAUUGCAGAUUUCACCAAGACAUUCGAUGGCCAGGUUCUCGCUCCUGGUCAGCGCAUCAUCAUGGACCGGGGCAACAUCCCUCUUCUCGUCACCGUCAAGUCCAUCAUCCUCGUCGACCUCAGUGGCGGUUCCGCCCCCGAAGGCGCGGAGCGCACCAGGGAGCCAUGGUCAAGGGGCAUUCUCACCACCAACACAGAUGUCGCCUUCAGAAUCGAUAGUCAGUCCCCUCUCAAACUCAACACAUCUUCGACGCGCGCAAGGGCCAACCCGAUCCUCGCGCCCGACUUCAAGUUCCAGGACAUGGGCAUUGGUGGUCUCGCCGACGAGUUCUCGACCAUCUUCCGCCGUGCCUUCCUCUCUCGUAUCUUCCCACAGGCAACCAUCUCCAAGCUGGGCAUAUCCCACGUCAAGGGUAUCCUCAUGUACGGCCCUCCAGGUACUGGUAAAACCCUGAUGGCCCGCCAGAUCGGCAAGAUGCUCAACGCUCGCCCGCCCAAGGUCAUCAACGGUCCCGAAGUCCUCAACAAGUACGUCGGCCAGUCCGAGGAGAACAUUCGCAAGAUGUUUGCGGACGCUGAGAAGGAGUACAAAGAAAAGGGUGACGAAAGUGGCCUCCACAUCAUCAUCUUCGAUGAGUUGGAUGCUGUCUGCAAACAACGUGGCUCGGGAGGCGGUGGUGGCACUGGUGUUGGAGACAGUGUCGUCAACCAGCUGCUGUCCAAGCUCGAUGGUGUCGACAAACUCGAGAAUAUCCUCCUAAUCGGCAUGACCAACCGAAAAGACAUGAUCGACGACGCUCUGUUACGCCCCGGACGUCUCGAGGUUCACCUAGAGAUCUCCCUUCCUGAUGAGAAGGGCCGCCUCCAGAUUUUAGAGAUUCACACGAACCCGCUGUCCAAGAACAAGAUGCUGGGCGGCGACGUCAAUUUGCACGAGAUUGCCGAGCAGACCAAGAACUUUUCUGGUGCCGAGCUCAACGGUCUCGUCCGCAGCGCCGUGUCAUAUGCCAUGUCACGCAGCGCCCCCAUGGGCGAGCAGGGUGUUCCCACCGCCAACCCCGAGAGCAUCAUGGUCGACCGCGAUGCCUUCGAGUACGCUCUCCGUGAAGUCCGCCCCGCCUACGGUGUCUCGGAGAAUGAUCUCGACGAAGCUGUCCGCAGGGGCAUCAUCCGCUACAGCCCGCAUGUCGGCACCACCAUUGAGAGCAUGGCUCGCGUCAUCGACAUGGUCGCGACGUCGCAACAUCAAUUCGGCCACUCUGUUCUCUUCCACGGUCCAGACGGCUCAGGAAAGACUGCACUGGCGGCCUUUGUGGCGCAGCAGUCGGGCUGCCCCUUCAUCAAGAUCAUCACGCCCGCGCACCUGGCCAGCCAGAGGGACGAAUUCGCCCGAAGCGACUACAUCCGCAAGGUCUUUGCCGACGCAGCGAAGUCGCCCUUUAGCAUCGUCAUUCUCGACAAGGUCGAGAAGCUUAUCGGCUGGAACCCCAUUGGUCCCCGAUUCUCUACCACCAUCCUGGAGCCGAUGCAAGCUCUCAUUGACCAGCCUGGCUCAGAGAAACACCGCCUUUUGGUAUUCGCCACGACGUCAAACAUUUCUGCUCUGAAGAUGCUCGAGGUCGACCGCACAUUCAGGAAGCACACGGCCGUGCCCGCCGUCGGCAACCUCCGCGAACUCGGUGCCGUACUCACCGAAUCCCCCGUGCCCUUCUCGUCAGACGACAUCGACACCACGCUGGGCGCUAUCGAGCGACAGACCGGGACUGAUCGUGUCAACGUUGGUAUCAAGACGGUACUCGAGUGUGCUUUUGAGGCGCAGAUGGCUCCGGCAAAUGAGAUGCCACUCAUGUUUACGGAGCUUCUCGUCGGUUAUAUUGAAUAG